CAGUGUGAAGCUGUGGAGUAGGCUGUGUCUUUGUGGCUCCAGUGUAUGGAUACACUGAUGUAUGCUCGCCUUGGAAUCCCUCCUGCUUCCCUCAAUAAUGUGAAACAAAGUGUCAGCACUGCAUUGACUCUCUGAUUUCUGUCUUUUUAGGUGUGGAUUACAAGAAAUCUUUUUGUUUUAUUGCAUUGUGCUCGAUGCACCCAAUUCCCUUUAGUUUUGGAGGAAGCUGUGUUAGUUUGUACACUGGAGCAGGCUGCUUUGGGGUUUUUUUUGGGGUUGGAGGACUGAAUUGUGUCAAGGUCCUCCUUGUCCUCUGCAUUGAGUCUCAGGCUUGCAAGGAGAGGGGGACAUCUUCAGCACCAUCUUCUUCCUCAUCCUUUUUACGAUCAGAGGCAUUACCAUGGUUACGAGUACCACAGGAUCCACACUGCUCCUUCCUCUCAGCAAUGCUGUGCAGCUGCCUAUAGACCAGGUGAAUUUCGUAGCGUGCCAACUUUUUGCCUUGCUUGCUGCUAUUUGGUUUCGCACCUACCUUCAUCCAAGCAAAACUAACUCCUUAAUCAGACAUAUAGUUGCAACCCUUCUGGGCCUGUACCUUGCACUUUUUUGCUUUGGAUGGUAUGCCUUACAUUUUAUUGUGCAAAGCGGAAUCUCAUAUUACAUCAUGAUCGUGGUAGGAGUGGAAAAUAUGCACAAAUACUGCUUUGUGUUUGCUUUGGGAUACCUCACAUUGUGCCAAAUAGCAACAGUUUAUAUUUUUGACUAUGGACAGUAUUCAGCAGACUUUUCCGGGCCGAUGAUGAUUAUUACACAGAAAAUAACAAGUCUGGCUUUUGAGAUCCGUGAUGGGAUGUUUUGCAAAGAGGAAGAGCUGACGCCGUCUCAGAGAAGCUUAGCUGUAAGACGCAUGCCAAGUCCACUGGAGUAUUUAAGUUACAACUGUAAUUUCAUGGGUAUCCUGGCAGGCCCGUUAUGCUCUUAUAAAGACUAUAUUACUUUCAUUGAAGGCAGAUCAUAUCAGCUGAAACAAUCAGAAGUAAAUGGAAAAGAAGACACAAACUAUGAACGAAAAGAACCUUCUCCGAAUACAAUUGUGGUGCAUAAGCUGAUCGUCUGUGCAGUGUCCUUAGCUUUUUAUAUGACAGCCACACGGAUAUUACCUGUGGAAUAUAAUAUAGAUGGUCACUUUCUCCAAACCACAUCGGUGCCCACCAGAAUCAUUUAUCUGUACCUGUCCCUAAUGGCUGCAAGACCAAAGUAUUAUUUUGCCUGGACGCUAGCCGAUGCUAUCAAUAAUGCUGCAGGGUUUGGCUUCCAGGGCUACGAUAGAAAUGGUGAAGAAAACUGGGAUUUAGUGUCAAAUUUGAACAUUAAAAACAUAGAGUCUUCAACCAGCUUUAAGAUGUUUAUUGAUAACUGGAAUAUACAGACUGCAUUAUGGCUGAAGAGAGUUUGUUAUGAACGAGCCACCUUCAGUCCCACGGCUCAGACCUUUAUGCUGUCUGCUAUCUGGCAUGGAGUUUAUCCGGGAUAUUACCUGACGUUUUUCACGGGAAGUUUAAUGACAAUGGCUGCACGAAAUAUGAGAAACAAUAUCCGGCAUUACUUUCUGCAAUCUCCGGAGCUUAAAUUGAUAUAUGAUAUAAUAACAUGGGUGGCGACACAGGUGGCAAUAAGCUACACAGUAGCGCCAUUUGUGCUUUUAUCCGUUAGACCAUCUUUACAAUUUUACAGCUCCUGGUAUUACUGCCUCCAUUUAGUAUGUAUUUUGGUGCUGCUGGUACUACCAGCCCGGGCGAGGAAAAAGGCAAAGGAAGAAAAGAAUGCCGUCUGUCCUCCGUUAACAAAAACAAGCAAAGUAGAGACAAUCUCUGCACAUAAUAGCCAUCCCAGCACAAACAAUAACAGCAACCAGAGAGAAGAGACCGCCUGGAGACGCCCAAGUGCUGCGCAAUGACCAGCUCAUAACAUUUUAUAUGUUUUUAAUUCAAAUUUUUUGAACCUCCUACUGGUUUGUAAAUUGUGCACAUUAAAAAAAAGAUGGUUAUAAAAAGAAAAAAAAAGAAAAAAAACACAAAAAGAAUUGUAAGGACAGCACUGCAAAAUGAGAUCGUUAACCCCACAAUGUCAUGCCAUGUGGGCCUAGCCUUACACAAACUAUUUCCAUUAUUUUAUAAUGGGCACUCAGGACUUGUCACAUACGUCCCAAGGACCAUGUAAUGUUUGCGUUCCUUCGAUGAGCGUAUGUUGUCUCAAGGCAUUGAAGGGGUUCAACGAUGUGGUCAUAUAGAGUAGAGAUUCCGAAAAAAAAGAAAUUCUUAACCCUUUUGCCUUAAUCCCUCUUUGUAUAUUGAAAUUAAAUUAGUAGGUGGUACAUUUAGGGGUAUAGACACGUGAAAUCGUUGUACAUACGGUCCGGUCAAGAAGGGUCGUCAAAUCAGAAGGCAAUGAGCAUCGUCUGUAUUCUUUUUGUUCAGAAAGGGAAGAGAAACAAAGAUAUUUAUAAAGCAAGAAAACUAGAAAGGAAUCCCAUACCUUCUCUUCUGAUCGUCCAGUCUCGCAAAUCCCAUCAUUGCCAGAUUCUGGUGGUAGAACAUUUUCACAAAACAAUGAGGUCUACUCAUUGUAGAUGGAUCUAAAGAUCCCACAUGAAUGAAUAUCACCAUCAAAUAAAAGGUUGGAUGAAUUUAAAUGCCAAUGAGUGUACUAUAACAUAGUAAGCACGGUCUUUGAAAGUUCACCGGUUUCUUCAUUGUGUGUUUGUUGAAAUACAGUUUCUGAAUUUCAUUAUCUAUUACAUUUUGAUAGACUGAAGGUAUCUUAUAAAAGGCAUACGAUCUAUCAUCUGGUUGACGUCACUUAGUAGCAUUUUCAUGCCAAACAGAUGAGAGUUCUGCGAUUUUUUUUUUUUUAUCAACUCUUUUAUUCAUAAACUCUUGCAGAACAUGUUUUGUUGUAUAAAUAUUACACCCCCUGGAGUGACAGUAGAACAAAUAAGAGCAUUUUUCACAGAGCUGUUUGAAAUGUGGAUCUGCUACGAUUUUCCUCUGGUGCCAUGUAUCAUUUGAAAUCAAGCUUUGCAGAUAUCCAGGUCACAUUAUCUUCAUUAAACGUAUGUCAAGUUGUUACAAAAAUGGCUUGGCUUAGCAACUUAAGCAUGGUGGAAAUGGAAUCUACAGGAUCAUAGAUUAAUAAUGGGACUUAUGAGUAGUCUACCAGUGUCGUGUGACAUAGGACUCAUUUGGAGUCUUUGCCUACACUACCUUAAGCUUUAAAUGCUUUCUAGCCAUUGUUUGCAGCUUAAGAGGUAAUGUCUAUUUGUGUGUCAUAUGAUAUUUAAAGGCGUAAUAGCCCCAACUGUGAUUAUUUUAUGUAUAGGUAUAUAAAACCCAUUACUCACUAAACAGUGAAUUGCUGACUUGCAAAAUUAAAACCAUAAUAACCAGCAUAAAAAUACCAGCCUAACAGAAUGUCUAUUUUUCAAGUAGGCCAUGAAGGCCUUCAUUUUAAAGUGGAUUGUUAAAGCUCCAAGAUACCAUCUGUAGUAUGUGAAACUGCUUUAGAAUGGUUUUAGAACUUACCUGGGUUCCACCAGGAACUCAUACAGCAUCCAGUCUUCUCCAGCAGGACAAGCUUUGUGUCUCCGUAGAAUAAAACAUGGCCAAUGCAGGACCACUCUCAUUGGCAGAGAGCACUCACCUGACACUCCUAACUAAUGAACGAAGUUCUUCAUGCCCUUGCCUUGCCCUAUAGCGCAGUAUAGAGAACACAAGAUAUAGCGUGCACAGCAGAACUGAGGUAAGUUUUCAAACCAGGCUAAAACAGUAUGGCAUCUUACUUUUGGAUGGCACCAGGGAGCCCCUUGCACCAUAACCAUUACUCUGGGCUUUAGUAGUUAUGGUACUAGGGUAUUCCUUUAAUUCAUGACAACUCACUGCUUAGUGAAUAAAUCCCUAGAUUUAUUUACUCAUUAACUGUCUUUUUUUUUUUUUUUUUUAUAUGACCCAUUCAAGUCAAUGCAUACUGUCCAAGAU